AUGCUGGAGAAGCUGGGACUGAGGGCCAAGGAGAACUACCUGGCCGAGAACAUGUCUGGAGGGCAGCAAAGAAAGCUCUCGGUCGGCAUCGCCCUCAUUGGGGACUCGAAGGUGGUCAUCCUCGACGAGCCGACGGCCGGGCUGGACACCGGGGCGCGGCGCCACCUCUGGAAGCUGCUGAACGAGGCCAAGAAGGGCCGCACCCUGCUGAUGACGACACACAACAUGGACGAGGCGGAGGUCCUAGGUGACCGGGUGGUGGUGCUGGUCGACGGCAUCAUGAAGUGUGGGGGUUCCACCCCGUUCUUGAAGAAGUUGUUAGAUUUCCAAACGACCAUCCCUAAACACACCCAACCUGGGAAGAUUCUAGUCACCAAAGUCCGGGCCAUGCUCAUCAAGAGGAUAAUGUACUCACUCCGUAACCCAAGCGUGACCCUGGCCAGGUGCUCUCCCACCCCUGGCCGUCACGGUUGGCCUGUCGCUACUCUUCUGGAAUGCCCGGAGGAGCCGACGUUGAUGUUUGACCUGGGCACGUAUGAUGAGACCAUCGUGCCGUUUUUCUCACUCUACGGACCUGAGGUGGAAAAGUUUUAUCAAUGCAUGUACGCGGUGCAGUUUUACUACGAUCACCAGCCGAAGUUCUUGUCUAUAACGAACGUUGACGCGUACGCACUUGAACUAGUCGAGGUGUUCGGACUUAGGAAGUUCAACGAGAAAGUCCUCAUAGGGCUGGCGGCUACUACAGAGAAGCCUGAAGUUGCUGACAAACUUUCAAUCCAUACCUUGACUGUACUGUACAACAGGAAUGCCUACCACUCUAUGCCGAUAUCUAUGAACUAUGCUCUCAACGCCCUCCUCAAGUAUUACCUAAAGACCAACAUCAGCGUCCUGACGGGGGUCAAGCCGUUACCUAACACCGCUGGCCAAACGAUAGAGACGUGGAAAGAAAAAACGACGACAGCACAGUGUGUGGUUGGCGCCAAACACAUGCAAGUCGUCUGCGGAGUCCGCCCUUUGACCUUCUGGCUGCCGAACCUCCUUUGGGACCUGUUCAUCACGUCGGUCGCCAUGGCCCUUGUCGUGCUUGUGUUCACCGUUCUCAACGUCCUGCCGUACACCGGCGACUUCCGGUUUUUCCUGCUGUUCGCCGUGUUCCUCCUCUACUUCUGGGCCACCCUGCCCCUACUCUACAUCCUCCAGUACACCUGCUCCGACAACAUCGUCGCCGUCGUCAGUGUGGUGUUCUUGACCUUUGCCCUGUCCAAUGGACUUGAGGAUAGUAUAAAACUAUUUAUACCGGCAGAGGGUCAUUCGUCGUUCAAGGCCACGAGACAGAGCGUGGACAACUUUAAUUUCUUUCUCCCCACCGGGUGCCUGUCGACGUGUCUCCUGGCGAUGUACAUGAACUUCUAUCUGAUAGAGGCGUGCCAGAGCGUGCUGCCUCAUUGUGGCCGGGAGGCAUCGCCGUGUUGUAAAGGUGGGGAUCCAGUCGAGAAAGAGGAUGAGGAUGUGGCGAAAGAACGCCGACGUAUCAACGAGUCGACAAUAGGGGAUUUACUAGCUACUGACUCCCUGUUACUGGUCAACGUGACAAAAAAAUACGGCGACUUCCCGGCCGUGCUGCAGAUCUGUGUGGGGGUGCCCAGCCACCAGUGCUUCGGUCUGCUGGGCAUGAACGGUGCCGGGAAAUCGACGCUGUUUAAAAUACUCACGGGGGACGAGGACUGCACCGUCGGGACGGCGUUCAUCAACGGCUUGAGUAUCCACGAGCACAUGAGCUUUAUUUGGGCCCACAUGGGUUACUGCCCCCAGCACAACCCGUUGAUUGACCAGUUGACUGGCCGGGAGACGCUGACCAUGUACGCUCGCCUCCGGUGUAUCGAGGAGUCGGUCAUCGAAGCCCACGUCACCAGCCUCCUUCGUUACGUCACACUGACGCCCCACGCGGACAAAAUGUCCGGCUUGUACAGCGGAGGCAACAAGCGUAAGUUGACGGUUGCCAUCAGCCUUGUUGGGUACCCCUCGUACAUCAUGCUGGACGAGCCGUCCUCCGGCAUGGACAUCAAUGCCAAGAGGAAGCUGUCCAACUUGUUGACCACCGUGAGGGAUGCUGGGUGUACCAUGGUGCUGACGUCACACAGCAUGGACGAAUGCGAGGCGCUAUGUACAAGCCUGGCCAUUAUGGUCAACGGGAAGUUCAACUGCCUGGGUUCGCCUGAAAAUCUGAAGGAAAAGUUCGGUAAAAACUACACGAUAACGGUACAGCUGCCCCACGAGCAGGAUGGUCAGCUGAGUGACACCCAAGAGGUCAUUGAAUACGUACUGGCUAAACUACAGAAAGCGACGGUGUUCGACGAGCAUGCAGGCUAUGUCGUCUUCCAGGUCCCACAAUCCAGCAUCAGCCUGGGCGGGCUGUUUUCCUUCAUGGAACACAACAAGGAGAAGCUGAAGGUUAGCUCGUACUUCAUCCAAAAGACGAACCUGGAACAGGUGUUCCUGGCCGUCACUAAGCAACAGGAGGCGGCCCUAAGCGGGGAGGUUAGGGCGUGGCUUUUACCGAUGUAG